GCUCGUCGCACAGCGUCUAGCAAAGCGGAGGACCAAGCAAGUUUGUCCCUUAACGUCUGCCGUACUUUACUCAGCGCGUGCGGGUUGCAAACAUGAUGGUUAGCAUGUAAUGCUGCUGUGGGCUAAUAUAUUCUCCUCAUACUGUAGUACGAGUUCCCUGUAGGUGCUUCCCUCCGUCAUGAGUGACCGUGAUGAUGAAGAUGAUGAUGUGCCUCAGCUCUCGGCUGCGGCUCUGGCGGCUCUGCAGGAGUUUUACGCGGAGAGUGAAGCAGGACACUCGGCACUGAGACACAGCUACACUGUGGGCGCCGUGCAGGAGGACUGGCGGAUGAGCCAGUUCUGGUACAGUGAUGAGACAGCUACACGGUUGGCUCAGGAAGCCUUACAGCAAGCAGGAAAACAAGGGAGAAUAGCAUGCAUCAGUGCACCCAGCGUGUACCAGAAGCUGAAGCAGCUGGAAUCUGAGAACCUAGAUGGGUCGCAUUGUGUGUCCGCCAUGCUGCUCGAGUUUGACCGCCGAUUCGCUGCGUAUGGUGAUGAUUUCAUCUUUUAUGACUACAACAACCCGCUGUGUUUGUCUGAAAGUGUCCUCCCACAGAGCUUUGACAUCGUUGUUGCUGACCCUCCAUAUCUAUCUGAGGAGUGCCUGAGCAAGGUGGCACUCACAGUAAAAUACCUUACCAAGGGAAAAAUCCUGCUCUGUACAGGGGCUAUUAUGGAAGAGCAUGCAGGAAGAUUUAUGGAUGUGAAGAUAUGCAGUUAUCUACCCAAGCAUAAUCACAAUCUUGCUAAUGAAUUCAGGUGUUAUGUUAACUAUGAGUCAGGUCUCCUCUAGGCUUCGAAUGGGACCAUAAAGUAAAGCCUGUUAUGAACAGUUCAGAGAUUUGUUAUUGGACCAUUUCGGUUUACCAUAGGGGUUUUAUAUUUUAAUGCUUGAGCAACAUUUUUAUCAUGAUUAUCAUGAAUUGUAAAUAUAAUAAACAAUAGAACCAUGACUCUGUGAAAACAAA